AUGCUCCGGUUCGGCGGCAGGAUGUUUGGCUUCUCGGCCCUGCUCUCGCUUCUCCUCGCGGGGCUCGUGGCCGCGUCCUCGGAUCUGUUUGAUAACCAACUGGGCGACAUCAACUACUGCAAAAAGCAGUGCCAGAUCACCGUCAAAAACAAAAGCCCCGCUAAGGACUCCGUAAUGAACGCCUGUCACCGCGGCUGCCGCCUCUACUCCAUCUGCCAGUUCGUCAACGGAAACGCCGGCUUCAACACCAGCCGGGAGGAGUGCCAGGGAGCCUGCCAGGAGGCCUACAUGAAGCUGCUGGAGCAGGAGGCCUGCAGCACCGGCUGCUCCAGCCAGCCCUCGGAGCCCGAGAUCAAGCGGAGGAGGCUGAGGGCCAUGACCCUCCGCCCAAAGCAGCCCUCGGUGAUGGAGGCCGUCUCCAGCUGGUGCAACGACAUCGUGAGCUCCGCCCAGAGCUUCAUCUCCUCCACCUGGACCUUCUACCUGCAGGCCGACGACGGAAAGGUGGUGGUUUUCCAGUUUGUGUAA